ACCUUUGGGAGGAUUUAAAGAGAUACAAUAAAAGUUUUAUAAGUGAUAUGGUUAUUAAUAAUAAGAAUAUGAAGAAAAUGUGCAUUGAUUGUUUGGCCUCGUGGUAAGAUAUCAAUCAGCAAAAUGCCUUUUCUGUCCCAAUAAACGGUGCACAUGACUUUUCAAGGUGUCAAGAUUAGCGUAGGCCGGUAUUACACUAUCAAAUUUCUUUGUCCAAUAUCUUUGUCAAAGAAAUUUGAUGGUGUAAUAGGGAACUUUGACAAAUGUCGUCAAAUAUUUGAUCAAAUCUAGGGCCUCGCUGUAGAUUUGAUCAAAGAAGUCGCUUGUCUUCUGUUCACUGCAAUGCAAUAUGUUACCACAUGGAGAGCUAGCAUCGCUGCAGCGUUCUGUCAUCUCUAGUGUGUUUGUAAACACGGCCGGACAGUACAAUUGGUGUGUGGCGUCUACCACAACAUUAAUAGAGAUGUAUGAAGCUGAUGAGGCGCUUUACAUUGUAAGGCACCCUGAUUAUAAAAAUAGAUUACAAAGAUUGGAGAGCUACAAAAAUAUUACGGGGGUUAUUAGCCAUGACAUACGGCCUGGGUGUGCGGCUGACGACUUUAAAAAGAAAAUUAAUGGCCUCCGCACAAGUUACUUCUACGAGAAAGCAAAAAUGCAUAAAAGCAAAAGUGGAGCCAGUGCACAGGCGGUGUACAUUCCACAAGUGUACUGGUUCCACAUGCUAAAGUUCCUCGACCAGGCCACAGAGGCGAACGAUAGCGUCUGUAACAUCAAAAGCAUAGAAAGUGGAAGUGAACAUGCUACACCAACAUUCAAAGAAAUGUUUGAGCAUGAGAUGCAGGCUCAACAAGCGCCUUCUGUCGCAUGCAGUGAGCCACAGCCACAGCCCCAGCAUCAAGAGCGAUCUCCCACAAAAAGAAGGAAAGGCACAACAGACAGGCAACAAACGUCAUUGUGGAGGCCAGCAGGACAUUGAAGGCUGUGGCUCGUAUGUCCAGGACUCUGCACCAGCCUGUCCAAGAAGACUGCUACGGUGCCCUUGGCACCCACAUCGCAGCUGAACUGCGUGAGAUGGAUAAUGUGGGUGGCAAGGAAUUUACAACAGCCACAAAACACGGUUUGCAGCGAUAUUUAAUGGACAGGUGGGAUUUGGUGCAUGCGACAACUCAACAAGCACAACCGUCCGCCUCUCGAUAUAUCCAGGCUGCCUUGCAGCAGCCUAGUAUAAAAGAGGACAAUUCCAUUUUAUAAAUUACUAUAUAUAUAUAUAUCUCCAAUCUUCGUAAUCUAUUUUUGUACUCAGGGUGCCUCACGUUGUAAAACACCUAAUCAGCUUCAUACAUCUCUAUUGAUUUUGUAGUUUCAGACACCAAUUGGUAU